AUGUCGUCGACACGCGCCAAUGAGCACAACAGCGGGAAACGAAACAGUAACGCAUCACAGCUGCCAGUAUGGCGCCGAAGACUACGUCGCAUAAAGUUACCGAUACUCCCAGUUCACAAUCAGGAGGGCAAUAGAGAUCUCGAAGUCACCACAAGCAAAGGCCACCUCUAUUUUCUCGACCAGUUUCGCGACAAGGUACCUCUACGCAUUCGCAACCGAUUUAUUGCAAUGAUCUCUGAGUUCGUGGGAACAUUUUUCUUCAUGCUCAUCGGACUAGGCGGCAACUCGGCCGUCAUCAACAACACAGCGGCUGCUGCACAGUUCAAUGGAGGCGAUGCUUCAGCAGAUCCUGCUAAGAUCCUGCUCAUCGCUACGGUCUGGGGCGUGGCUGUCACGGUCAAUGCCUGGACCUUUUUCAGGAUUAGCGGUGGACUUUUUAACCCUGCUGUAACUAUGGCGUUGGUCCUCAUCCGCGCCGUACCACCACUUGAUGGUCUUCUCGACGUCUUCAGCCAGCUUGCAGCAUCUAUCUUGGCAAGCGCCAUUGCUUAUGGACUCCUACCUGAAGGUGCUCUGGCAGCCACUGAGCUGGGAGAGAACACAACAGUCACGCAGGGGCUGUUCAUCGAAAUGUUCAUUACCGCCCAGGUCGUUGUGUCCAUAUUCAUGUUGGCGACGGAAAAGCACAAGGCUACAUUCAUCGCGCCUGUCGGUAUCGGAUUAGCUGUAUUUGCAUGCGUUCUCAUGGCUUCAACCUACACCGGCGCAGCAAUCAAUCCAGCUCGCUCUUUCGCGGUCUGUGUGGUACAAGGAAGCUUUCCUCACUACCAUUGGAUCUAUUGGGUCGGUCCGGGGCUGGGUGCGUUGUUAGCGACUGCUUUCUACCAGUUGAUACGCAAGCUGGAGUACUGGACGGUGAACCCCAACGUCGACGACUACGAGACGAAGGUCGGCGAGACCAUUCGAGACGUCGCGAGUAGAGUGGCAGACAUAUCAAAUGUUCCAGGCACAAGGUCAAAUGAUCCGGCGAGGAUGCCGGAGGGACUGUGA